UUAAAAGAAAAGGGAAAAAAAGACUGAACAACCCUCCCCUCAUCCACAUCCUUCCUUUGCCUCCAUCCCGCAACGGUCUUCACCGGACACUCCGUGGGAUCAAACUCACGUCCAUGGAUUUGUCUCUCCACUGCGUGCUUCUGUCUAAGGGUCUUUCAUACCGCUGUUCUCCUCGUCCUCACUCUCCGCCUGCGAUUCCCUUGUGUCUCAUCCUAGGGAACGAUCGAUCGCCGUAAAGCUUUCGCCCAAUGUGUCGUGAUCCCGGAUGACAAGUUGCUCGCAAUGAGCCACCCUUCUCCUAAGAAGAACGGCGGCAAACAUGUUCCCCCUCCUAGACAGAUUCGCUUCGUCUCAACAGACGGGCAGCCCCAAACGAAGCGCCGACGAGUUAAUGCGGCGUGCCUGACGUGUCGCAAGCGCAAAAUCCGCUGCUCAGGAGAGCAACCAGUGUGUAAAACGUGUUCCGACUACAACCAUAUUUGCCAAGGGUACAGCGAACCCUCUACCCAUGGUCGAUCGCAAUCCGAUACCGCGAUACGAACGCCUACAAUUGCUACUUUACCAGCACCCAAUGAUGCGACGUCGCGCACAACUCAUAAACUCGCCAGUCGCUCCCCAAUUUCUCCCCGCAGAGCCACAGUGCCUGUUAGUGAUGGCGUUGAUAAACCCUCCGAGAUAUACACAACGCUGGAGGCAAAAGAGGCGUCUCUGCCGAGGGACACAUCCUCGCGGGCAACGAAAGAGCCUGAACAGCAGACUAGCGGGGAAAGUCCAGAAAGCAGUCGCACCUCUUUAAGUUCCAGCGCGCGUACACAUGUGCCCUACUUUAGAUAUUUUGGGCCGACAGCUAUUGUCCCUGGCUUCAAACAGAUGGUCGUUCAGGUGCGAGGCUCGCGCAAGAGCAAUCCAUCACUGUCAUCAGGUGCAGAGUCAUUAUCUCCCCUCCGAAGUCCAAAAUUUGCAGAUGUUGGAUUGAACAACCUCAGCACAAUACCCGACACCCGCGAGAGUCGUGACUACAACACCAUUCCGUUCUAUGACCGUGAUGAUACCCUUCCUGUCAGCAAUCUAGUGACACACUUAUGUGACUUAUUCUUUGUGCAUCUUGGGUGCAGCUUUCCGUUCUUACAGCGGGACAGGUUCCUCCGUGACUUGAAAGACAAAAGGGUGGACACCAUGCUUGUGGAUGCCGUAUGUGCAUUGUCCGCGAGGUUUUCUCCUCAUCCGCUACUCUGCCCUCCCCAAGCUCCGACCAUUGAUGGUUCUGAGCCGCAAGUCGACAUAAAAAAGUCCAACCGCGGGCAGCCGUUCGCCCACAGAGCAAUGGGCACCCUGGUGGAUUCUCUCUCGUGCCCUACUCUGUCCGGCGUACAGGCGUGCCUCCUGCUUGCCUACGAAGAGUUCGGCUCGAACCACGACAGCGGUCUCUGGAUGUACCUAGGUAUAUCCAUACGGAUGGCUCAGGACCUUGGAAUGCAAAAGGUGCGGGGGCUGGGGUUCAACUAUGGCAUGAGCGGUGUGACUCCGAAUGCAGUCCUGACUGGGCAGGCCGGGAAGUUGAGAGACGAUCAAUAUGAUGAGCCACAGACCUCCCCCGGCCCGGUACGGGAUAUGCAAGAUACCGAGGGCCGGCGUGCGAGGGAACGCGAAAGGGUUGAUACCUUUUGGAGUAUAUUCUUCCUCGACCGAGUGAUUUCGUCUGGAACAGGGCGGCCAGUGACCUUACGCGACGAGGACAUAGAACUUUGCUUUCCACUUCAAGCAGAGUCCCGAUUGCCGAAUGGAUGGCCAGCACCAUUUCCCCCGCUCAUCCGCAUAAUACACCUGUACGGCAGAGUGACGGAUCUCAUUAAUGGAAUUCAGGACGUCAACCAUGUCACAUCGGAUACCUUAAAAAUGCUGGCUGGUAUGGAGAGCGACUUGACAGGCAUCUAUCAGCGUCUGUCGCCUAGGCUUCAUUUCAACGCAGCAAACUUUCAGGCAUACGUCAAGGCGAAGGAAGGCACCAAUUUCAUCCUGCUUCAUUUUUGGUUCCACACCUUGAUCGUCCUGCUUCAUCAACCCACGCUGCUCAAUUCGUUCGGUGGGACCAUCCAACAUCUCUAUCCAAAUAGUAGGGAGCUAUCGAUGUCCUCGGCCAAAACCAUUGCCGAUAUCCUCUCUUUCUCGGAACUGGUGGACGGGAAGAGUUUCAUUGGCAACCCCUUUACAACCCAGCCGAUGUACAUUGCCGCAUGUGCUUUCCUCAUGGAGAGUGCCUACUACUCUUCACCCUCCUCAAGAUCUGGCUCACCUCCUGCUCAGCCCUUACUCACCAACCAAACCAGUGGCUUUGUGAUGCCGAAUUUGGACCCCGCAAAUGGUUCCGAUCGAAAGCCGACUGCUAAGCAUAUACUUCUCGCAUCCGCUGCAAAGGAGAAUUAUCAACGAUGUUACAAAGCUUUGAAAGCGCUCGAGACAUACUGGGAAGGUACCAAAUACAUCCUCACUGUCUUGGAUCAAAAGGCAAAAGGAAUCGUUGAUCCGUUGCUCUAUACUGUAGAGGAGAUGGAAAGUGCGGUGGAGGUGUCUUCCGUUCCGCCUUUCACUGCACCACAUUGGAGACAUACCCAGACGUCCUUGGCUACUUCAGGCGAAGCGGAAGAUUCAACAGGGGACACACCUUUGGAUGGCAAACGGUCGCCUAAGAUUGAUCCGAGUCAAGCUAUUGGAUGGGCGUUGACCGGUGCAACAAACUCGUCACAACCGAACCUGAGCCUUCUAUACCAAAUGCCCGCCCAGGCUGAGUCCAUGUCGGAUAAACCCACAUUUUCAUCUCAGUAUAGCCACAGCUACCCCAACCUUCCAGUCCAGUCCGGUGGCAGCCAAAGCUCGAACUUUUACUCGCAGACUUUGGAACCAUCCAGGGCUGCGGAGUCAACACCAAAUACAUCCAUGGCAGCCGGCUCCGAGCGAUUUCCGCUCGCGUCCCCUGGACAGGUCACGGCCUCUGAUGCGAAUCUGCUCCUUGGCUUGAACACGUCUUUUCCGGGUUCCGCCACCCGACCUCCAAAUUCUCGAUCGGCUUACAACCAUCCUUCGGCCUCCAGGCUCGAAACUCAGGUGCCAGGUUUCAAUUACAGCUUACCUGCUGCGACCGAACAGCAGCCUAGCGACGGCCAUAUGAGCUCACGGACCCCAGGUAUCCACCCUAGUGUGGGCCCCCAUGCAGGUGACGUGUUUAUCGAGAGUCAAAACAUCGAUAUGGCUACGCUCCAACAACAGGAUCAGCUUCCGUUCGCUUUUAGUGGUGAAAUCCUGCCCUGGCUGGAAUACCUUCCGCAAGAUGUUCUCAAUUACUUCGGAGAACAUCAGAAUUAUUCAACCCUGCUGAGCCCGCAUGACGAAGCUUCGCAAGGCCCUCACUAAGUGUAUACUGUGCGUACGGGCUAUUUGUGUUAUGAUGAUUUGAAGGUAUUUUGGCGUCUGGGGGCUAUCUAUGUUGUGGGAGGAAGACAUAUACGCGGCCUUUGGUGCAUUUAACUUGAUUCAUCUCGUGGA